AUGAGGGUGGCGGUGAUAGGCGGCGGCGUAAGUGGGCUGACGGCGGCUUAUGUUUUGGCAAAAGAAGGGGUGGAGGUGGCAUUGUACGAGAAGGAGACUAGUUUAGGCGGCCACGCCAAAACGACUACUGUUGAUGGCAUUCCACUUGACCUCGAUUUUACGAGUUUUUCUCAGGUUAUGUAUCCGGAGGUGAUGGAACUGUUCGAGACUGUUGGAGUUGAUACUGAGGUCUCUGACAUUUCAUACUCUGUGAGUUGGGAUGAUGUUGAAUGGGGGGCUGGAAAUGGACUCUCCGGCUUCAUCAUCGACGGUGAUGCUCUUGCUGGUGCUCUCGAAUCCAUCACUUACCAUAUCAAGAUCGUCCCCACCGAAGAUGGAGGAAGCAUCUGCAAGAACAGAAGCAUUUACAACACCAAAGGCGACGUCGAGAUCAGUGAGGAGAAGAUCAAGGAGGGAAAAGAGAAGGCCAUGGCUAUGUUCAAGGCCAUUGAAGCAUAUGUUCAAGCCAAUCCCGAUUGCUAG